AUGAUCGUACCGUCCAGGCCUGCAAGUUGGGAUGUCAUGCGGUCUUCGGCGCCAACGGCGCGCGCCGCACGGCACGCUAAGCGGCAACUCCUUGUCAUCGGGGUGAGGGUUCCCGAUCAGGCGAGUCCAUUGGAAGUCGCACGUGUAUCGGGCGCGUCUGGGCAAGCAGACGUCGUUGAGUUGAUAUUCUUCGACCUCCUCUUCUUCCUCCCCGACCGGGCGGGGCGAGGGGGGUGCCCAGAGGCCCCGGAGCUCCUGGCGGGCCUGGAUGCCCCAGAGCAGGAGGAGCAUGAACAUGAAAGG